CUCCGCGGCGGCCUGUUCUGGCUCGCGGGCGUGCGCGUGGUCAGCCGUCUACGGGUGCGCAUGUUCUCGGCGAUGCUCCGCCAGGACCUGGGCUGGUUCGACGAGACGUCGACGGGGUCGCUGAACUCGCGGCUGAGCAGCGACGCGACGCGCGUCGCCGACGUCGUCUCGUUCAACCUAAACAUCCUCGCGCGGCAGUCGAUCCAGGCCCUCGGCGGCGUCGCGUACCUGUGCUACCUGGACGGGCGCCUCGCCGCGCUGACCGUGGCGUUCAUGGGUUUAGCAUCCGUCUUCGCGGACGUCUACGGGCGCGCGUCGCGGCGCUUCGCGAAAGAUACGCAGGAUAGGCUCGCGGCGUCGGCCGCGAUCGCCGACGAGUCGCUCCGCAACGUGCGCGUCGCGCGGUCCCUCGCGGCGGAGCCGCGGCUCGCGGAGCGCUACGCGUCCGCCGUCGACGGCGUCACGCGCGUGCAGACGCGCCACGGCCUCUGGUACGGCGUCUCCCGGCUGGCGCUCGGCUCCGCCAAGGGCGCGUCGAGCGUCGCGACGCUGGCCUACGGCGCGCAGCGCGUCGCCGUCGGCGCGAUGACGGGCGACCAGCUCGUGACCUUCCUCUUCUACGCGGCCUACGUCUCCAACGCGGCCUUUGACGUGGGCGACCAGUGGGCCAAGGUCGAGGAGGCGCUCGGCGCGGGCGCGGAGGCCUUCAAGCUCGCCUACCGCGCGCCGACGUGGACCGGCGCGGCGCCGCCGAGCUCCCUGGUGGACGACGCGGCGCCGCCGAAGGCCCGCAAUCCCGCGCGCGGCGCGGUGGCCUUCGACGACGUGUCGUUCUCUUACCCGGCGCGGCCCGACGAGGCCGUGCUCCGGGGCGUGUCGCUGGCCGUGCGGCCCGGCGAGAAGGUCGCGCUCGUCGGCGAGUCGGGCUCCGGCAAGUCGACGCUCGCGCGCCUCGCUUUGCGCCAGUACGAGGCGUCGUCCGGCGUCGUGUCGCUCGACGGCGACGACGUCCGCGACGUCGCCAUGGGCGACCUGUGCGAGCGCGUGGCCUACGUCGAGCAGGAGCCGAGCCUCUUCGGCGGCACCAUCGCCGACAACAUCCGCUUCGGCCUCGACGCGGCGGACCCGCGCGCGUCCGACGCGGCCGUGCGCGCCGCGGCCGAGGCCGCGGGCGUCGACGAGUUCGCGGACCGCCUGCCCCGGGGCCUCGACACGGAGAUCGGCGCCGACGGCGUCUUCCAAUCGGGCGGCCAGAAGCAGCGCAUCGCCAUCGCGCGCGCGCUCGUGCGGGAUCCGGCGCUGAUCGUUUUAGACGAGCCGUCGUCGGCGCUCGACGCCAAGUCGGAGGCGCUCGUGCAGCGCGCGCUCGACGCGACGACGUGCUCCAUGCUCGUCGUGGCCCAUCGCCUGGCGACCAUCUACGCCGCGGACCGCAUCUUCGUGCUCUCCAAGGGCGAGGUCGUCGAGGAGGGCACGCACGUCGACCUCAUGGCGCGGAACGGCGAAUACGCGUCCAUGGUGCGGCGCCAG